AUGUCAACGAGGCGAAGUUCUAAUAUGUCUAAAAGCUCACAAUAUUCAUCAAACGAAUUUCCAGGGUAUGGUGAAAACGUAUUCCAAUCAAUUUUGGAUUCAAGAGUUCGCCAAAUGCUUGCAAUAACUAUUCCAUCUGAUGAGGAUCAAAUAAAAAUAUUAAAGGAAAUCAUUAAUAUAAAAUCAACUCCGAGGAAACUUACAACGUUUUUUGAUUUCUUAAUUGGACAAAUAACGGCAUUAACAAUGGAGAAUUUUCAGUUUAAAUCGGAUAUUUCUCGAAUCCAAGGACAAAAUCUCGAAAACAUAAAAGACAAAGAUAGCCAAAUUAAUUCAUUCAAUGAAAGAAUUAAUAAUAUUGCUGAAAUACUUGGUGUUAAAGACAAUUUAAUUGAGAAGAAGCUCAAUUCCCUUAUGAAGAAUUCAAACAAACCAAAAGAACCUUCUAAUACAGACUAUAUUUCAUCUUGUCAAUUAUUAGAUGCCCAAGAAGGACAUCUUUGCAAGGAGAUUGAAAAGAUGUUAGCAGAAUCAGAUAGAAUUCAUCGUAAGUUAUCGCAAGAUCGUAAUCUUCUUGUUAGACAGAAUGAAGAAAUCAGACGACUUCAAGAUCUAUUAGAUCCUGAUGAAAAGAAUGAGAAAUCAGAAAGUAGCGAUACUGAAUCCGAAACAUCUGAUCCAGAACUCAAAAAACACACAGAAAAAAUUGAUGAUUUGAUUUCUAUUGUAAACCAAAUAACCAAACAAGCGGAUAGGCUUAGUUCAUUAUAUUCAAAUCCAAACGAAUGUACUUCGUAUCAUUCUCAUUCCAAAAAGAAGAGACAGUAUUUAUGA